UCCUAGUGCGAGAUCACAAAUUUAUGCUAUGGCUCUGCGAGUUCAAUUUGAAGGCAACAAUGAGAUCGGAGUAUUCUCUAAGCUCACAAAUACCUAUUGCUUAGUUGCUAUAGGUGGCUGUGAAAACUUUUAUAGUGUUUUUGAAACCGAGUUAUCAGAAAUUAUACCAGUAAUUCAUACUUCAAUUGCUGGUUGUAGAAUUAUAGGUAGAUUAUGUGUUGGUAAUCGAUUUGGUUUAUUAGUACCUCAUUCCACAACUGAUCAAGAAUUACAACAUUUAAGAAAUUGUCUACCAGAUGGUGUAAAAAUAGAAAGAGUUGAAGAAAAACUUUCAGCCCUUGGUAAUGUUAUUGCUUGCAAUGAUUAUGUUGCUCUCACACAUCCUGAUUUGGAUAAGGAAACCGAGGAGAUAUUAGAAGAUGUUUUACAAGUUGAAGUAUUCAGGCAGUCAAUUGCUGAUCAAGUUUUAGUAGGCUCAUAUUGCACCUUUACAAAUCAAGGAGGAUUGGUUCACCCAAGAGUUAGUUUGGAAGAUCAGAAUGAAUUAGCUUCUUUGUUACAAAUACCAAUAGUAGCAGGUACAGUUAACCGUGGUUCAAACAUAAUAGCUGGUGGACUAGUAGUGAAUGACUGGGCAGCAUUUUGUGGAAAUAACACUACAAGCACCGAGAUAUCAGUCCUAGAAACUAUUUUUAAACUUAAUAGAUCAUCAGCCUCUACCUUUCCUCAUCUCAAAGAUCAUAAGAUGGACAUGGAUGGGAAUGAUAAUAAGAUUGAAAUGGUGCAAGAGGGAUUAGACCCCAAACUAAAAGAUGCAUUAAUUGAAAGCUUGGCGUGAAAUGACUAAACAAGAAGAGAAAAUUUUUUUUAUAUUAUAAAUCUUAUAAAAUAUUUUACAUUUAAUUAUUAUCAACAAUAUGUUUUAUUAAAAUUUAAUGUUACUAAGAUUUAAUAUAUAACUGUAAUGAGUUAUUAUUAAUUUUUAGCAUUGAAAAUUUUAAAUGAAUUAUUUAUCUGUCAUUUUGGAUAUAUUCCCAAUAUAGAGGCUGUCAAUUGUCCCAUUGAGAUGUUUCAUAUAUAAGGUAGAGAUCUGCAAAGUUAGGCCCGGCCCGAACGGGCUGGGCUCGGGCCUAAUUAUAUUUAAAAUAAUCGGGUUCGGGCCGGGCCUAUUAUUUUUAUAAAAAAAUCGGGCCGGGUCGGGUCGGACCUUGGAAAUUUUUUUAAAUAUAUCUAAAUU